AUGGGACAGAGAGAAGGGGACAUGGGCAGAGUGUUGGGAAUGGGCUACACCACAGGCGUCUCUACCCCUAUAAAUCUGUCAGGACGGUCUCCAGGCAUAGGACUCACUCUCAACCCCCCAUGGGCUACACCACAGGGGAGAGGGGGUGAACGGGGAGGGGGUGAGGGAGGGAAUAGUGACAGGGAUUUUAUAUCUAAAGGACAGGUGUAUAUUGAAAUUAAUGUGGAUGUGUAUUAUUGUGUAAUCAUUUGAUAUAUCAGGUUGUAGGCUGUUGUCGCAAUCAGUGCUAAAAUAAAUACUGAAAUGCCAGUCCCCUCACUCACCCUUUUUCCUAGUAGUGCGUUCUCUUUUUUGUUUAUUGAACAUCCAUGCACCCUCCCAUCUCCCAAUGUUGUCCCUGUGGCAGCAGUGGGUGUGUAGUUAAUGUUCUGUGAGUGGUUAGAGGGGCUUAGAGGGGGCUCACCCCUGGAAAAUGAGUGGUGUUCCUAAGCCCCUCGCCCUGUCCCCAGACACCCCAUCUUAAUUAAGGGCUUUUCUGCUUUUCUCUGCUCACACACACCCUGGCUGACCCCACUCUAAGCCCCUCAGUUUCCCUUGAGCCUCAAAUCUAUCCCCUGGCUUCACCACCUCUAACCUCCAACAGGCUUCAGCCAUUUAUUCCCCAUCCUAAUGUGAUAUAAACCAGCACUUCCAUGGGACCACCACCACCCCACUACUACAGAAACAACAAAUAUUGUUGGGAGAGGAAAGGAAAACAGCAGGGGGAUGUAUGUAUUUGUUUCCAGGGAUCAAGGAAAAGGACAAAUUACCCCUUGUGGGAGGUGUACACAUCUCCUCCUCUCCUCUCCUCCUCCUGGCCCAGGAGUCUUCAUUACGAGAAGAAGAGACACUUUAUUUUCAAUGUAUUAGCACAUUCUCAAAACAAGCCAUUGACCUCAGUGGGGAAGGAAAGAGGGAAUGGAUGGAUGGAGAAUUAGGGAGAUCUCCCUCUAUCCGUCCAUCUAUUAAGCCAGGGAUGUUUUCUAUCUAGAAGGAGCCUCUGUAGAAUGAUGAUGAUGUGGCGCAGAUUGGUAUGGACAAUGACAUGGAUCUGGUCUGAGGACAGACAGACACUGAUUGGUGUUUAUGUGAGUUAGGACAAGCUUGAAUUGCGUGUAUGCGAGUCAGUGCCAUAUUAAACUACAGAAAAUAGAAUUUAAUGGAAUUUUAAGUUGGCCUAAUGGUGCUUUACGUUCCCCCUGUAUUUAGUACAAUAGGUAUUAUGUAGGCUAUGUGUAAUGAUCUGACAAAGUGUGCUAGUGCAGAAGGAUACAUUUCAUCUGGGAAGUGUGUAUCUUGUGUUCUCCAGCUGACAGAUGUCUUGCCCUGUCUCAUCUCUCCAGGGAGCAGCAGUGGUCAAUAGGUGUUACAGCAGAUAAUAGAUAUUGACACCCUGGUCUAUCUGGUGCCGGUCAGGCAUUAUCUGGCCUGACCCCUAAUGAUGGUGUCACAUGGGUGCUUAAAUCCCUGUUAAACAUUCUACUGCUAAUGGAUGGGCUCUGUAUGGAGGCUGAGAGAGAGGCAGGCUGGCUGGGAUGCUGGCUGGGGCUCAGGUGUGAUCUGUUCUCUCGCUCUGUAGACUAGCUCUCUGUAGUAUUACUGCUAGGCCGGUCCAUGGGGCCCCUUCCUCUAUGAGGCUGGGAGAACCAGCCCAAUCAACAGCUCUGAAGAGAUGUGUUUGUGUGUGUGUGUGUGUGUGUGUGUGUGUGUGCGUGUCUGUGUGUGUGUGCGCAUGUGCAUGUGUGCAUGCAUGCCCCCAGAGGCCCAGAGAGAAGUGUUAAUUACUGGUUGUGUAUGCACUGUCAUCCCCCAUGAGUCUCUCUGCUCCUGCUGCUGCUCAUAUAUCAUGCAGAGAGUUGACUGCUGAUGCUACAGCACAGUGUCUGUCUGAAUAGGACCCACCGGCCAUGCACAAACACUGUAGAGGGGCUCCGUUUAGUUCUUGCAUACUGUAUAUGGUACUAUCAAUGGACUUUAUCAAUGGACUGUUCUGUAGAAAUAAGCAGAGUUUAUGUCUAGUGUUUCGAAGUACUUACCAGUUCUUAAUUGUUGGAGUGAGCAGCCUGUGAUUCAAUAUGAACUGUGACUGUGACUGAAGUACUGACCGGUCUAUAUCUUUGUGUUUCCCUCUCUCUGUCCACAGUUCCAGAUUUCAGCGUCGAUGCGCUGUCCACCAAUGACAUCCAGGAGCGUGGUGGCCUGGGCCUCCCCAAGGUGUCAGGCCUAGAGCGCAGCCAGGAGAAGAGCCAGGAGAGCUGCAAGGACGUCCCCGUGCCUCUCCCCACACCCAGUGCCCCCCAGCAGUCCCUACCCCCGCAGCCCCACGCGGCCGGCCGCCCACAGACCCUGCCUCUGUCCCUACCCACCUUCCAGGCCCAGACCUCUCUCCCCGGUCCCCGUCUGGCCCAGGCCCCCGUCCACCAGCCCCCACGCUCAGAGGCUUCCCUCAGGCCUCAGAUCCCCGCAGCCCUGCCUCUCGCUCAGGGCCAAGAGCCUUCACAGGCCCCCCCGCCCAGGCCCCAGCACCAGCCUGAGCCCCUGUCCCACCCCCGGCCCCAGCACCAGCCUGAGCCACUGUCCCACCCCCGGCCUCCGCCCAGGCUGCACCCACACUCCGCCCUACUGGCCCACCACCCCAGCCAGAGCCAGGCCGGGCCUCAACGCCUCCCCUCACACUGUGGGCCCCACCCUCGCCCCCUGUCUGCCUACAGCAGCAGCCUUAGCCUUAACGGCCUCAGGUGAGUCCCAACACACUCUGUUUACACCAAGAUAUGUAGGCCUGUUUUUGUCUAUUCAUGCUCCAGUAAAUGUAUGUUAUCUUUUGUUUGUGUGCGGUUUUGAUAUUGAGUAAUGCAAAGAGAUGCCCCUUUCAGACCCCGUCUAACUAAAAGUAUUUAAACUCUGAUCUUAAAUCAGCAUGUAAAUGAUUGGCAAGAACAAGCCUAGAAUUCGCAUUAAGGUGAAACCCCCCCAGCCAAACAUUUUACAUUUUAGUCAUUUAGCAGACGCUCUUAUCCAGAGCGACCUACAGUUAGUGAGUGCAUACAUUUUCAUACAACAUCCCUGAUUCUCACCAGGGUGGGAAAACCACCGCCACUCCAGCUGAGCGAUAAGUGCCUUGGAUUUAUUAACCACCCACAUUGUCAUCUGCUGCGGAGUAGCCUCCAGCUCUCUACCUACCCUUCACAGCUCUCUACCCAUCUCUAUUAAUCAGCUAGCUGUUCCAUUACCCAUAGUCGAGCAGUGAGCCAAUGAGCUCUUAGUGUGUUAAAGUUAGAAUAUUGUGCAUUAACUCAGAGCUCCAGGAUAGCUCUCCCAGAGCCCCAGUCAGCCCCAGUCCCAGGGAAGGCUCUGUGUCUGACUCCCUCUGCCAGUGUGCCAGUGAGUCAGUCAGUGUGCCAACGGGUCUGGCAGAGUCUGUGAAUAAUCACGGGGUGGUUACAGAGACAGGCGGCAGCUGCAAAUGAGCUUUUGGGCUUAGCUUGUUAAGAUACUGCUACAUGGCUCUGAGUCUCGGAGAGACAAAUCCACACACAACACAAGGCUCUCUGCCUGGUCUCUUCCUUUCCAUUUUUAUGCAUGUACCUCUGGAGCUGCUUAACUACAGAAACGUUCAAACACAGAUGCUGUUCUAUAAUGUUUGCCAGUGGUGGUUAUUGGCAUCUAAGGGUGUUUUGAAGGUAACAUUUUAAUACAUCCUGAGAUUCAGAGAAAAGUCUCUUGAGGAAAAUGCGAUGUGAAACCUUUCUGUCAGAGCUUCGUAUCUACUAUGUGCAGGGAGGAAGCUGAUUUAGGUGGUCCCCCUCUCUGUCCUUCUGUCUCUCUAGCAGCAGUCGGAGCAGUACCCCGGGCGGUACCAAGCCCCACGGCCCUGCUGGUCCGUCCCCACACCUACCCCACCUCCUGCCUUCCGGCUCGGUCGCUACAGCCACAGCCAUCCCCCUGCCCCUCCCAGCUAAUCAGAUUGCUCCCCACGGCUUCCCCCCCGCCCUGCAGUCCUCGCCACACCCCCACCACCCCAAUAUGUUUGCGCCUCCACCGGCCUUGCCCCCACCUCCACCACUGACGUCUAGCACCCUGCCAGUCCCCGGAGGACACCCCGCCGCUGGGACGCCCUAUUCAGGUAGGCACAUAUACAAGGCUGCGACCAUGUGGACAGGCAGGAGAACUGCAUCACAACAGCAGCUGUCGCAACACACAGACAGCGAAGAGCAAAGCUGUAAAUUCUCAUGGCUGUUGUGGCAGAAGCCAGGUCAUCUGUGGCGUGAGAGAGGUGCGUGUGGAGCACCAGACGUAUUAAACUGUGACAGGCAGUGAGACAGAGACUGACAGAAUGUUACCUUGGUGCUAAUUUAUAGGACACAGAGACUGACGGGUGAGGAUUCCACACAUAGCUGCACUAUAUGCCGUCUGUGUUUGUCUAUAAUGGUGCAGUAGGUGCAGACAGGUGUCCUGUCCUUCCCUCUGUCUAUAUUCUGUUGUGUUUGAUUGAUUGAUCACUCAAACAAAACACACUUUUUUCCCCAAUCAGCCCAUGUGAGGAAUGAGCUCUCCUGUCGUGCCACUUGUGAUCUAACUUAAUGUCAGGGUCCGACUGAAAAGGAGUAUUAUCAUGGUUUAAUAACGCUAUGAGCAAUUCUCAUUUUCACAAGGAAAUGUGUUCAUCUCACAGAAAUCUAUUCAGUCAAUAAUGAACUCCACUGUAUAUUGUUCAGAUUCUAAUGAAACUUUUAUGAAGAAACAAAUACAAUUUCCCUCAACUCAAUAAGAGCUGGAAAUAAAUGUAUAAAAUGGUGCAUUAAAUUACCGUGGAAUACAAAUGAUAUGGUUACUCUGGAGAAAAUAACAUUUCUCGGGCCAAUUUGCUACAUUUGGACGGAGAGCAGAAUAUAAAAAGUAUUUCUCUAUUUCUCCUCAAGCCUUUGUGUGCCAGUCAGUUGAUCAACAGUUCUGGUCUAAAAUGGGGUUAGAGGUUUUCAUAUAAUUGCAAUAAAGGUGCUGGCUCUUCAAGCAGCCUUCAGGGAUGCCCUGUGUGACUCCCAUAGUAAAGAGAAUACCUGAACUUUGAUUCUCUAUCUUGGUUUUAAUGUGAUAUGUGACUAACACUAUACAUCCUCUGUAAUGGUUGUUCCCUGAUCAUGAAGUACUGUACCUCUAUGGAUGUUGUUACUCUCACACAAAACAGAUCCAGCACAGACACUUUCACUAUCAUGUAUUUUCUUACUCUGCUAUUCUUAGAUAAAACAGAUCCAGCGCAGACAGACAGACAGACACUGGUCCUGACCAUGUCUCCUCUCUUCCUCCUCUCUUCCUCUUCUUUCUCUUUCCUCCAGAACAAGACCUGCUGCGCCAGGAGCUCAACAACCGUUUCCUCGCCUCGCAGAGCGCCGACCGCGGGGCCUCCCUGGGUCCGCCCCCGUACCUGCGCACCGAGCACCACCAACACCAGCACCAGCACCAGCAUCAGCACCAACACACGCACCAGCACACCCACCAGCACACCUUCACCCCCUUCUCCCACACCAUCAUGCCAACCCCUGCACCCCCCAUGGUGCGUACCCCAGCCAGAAAUGUGAGGAUAAGUAGAACACCACUCCAGGGAGGGCAGAGGGGGUUGGUGGUUUUGGACAGGAAGGGGCGGUGGACUGGGGGGUAAGGGGUGUGGAUAGUGAUAAUAAUGUUUAAUUAUGGUUUAUUUUAUUAAGCACUUACAGCAAAAACUAAAAAAAGGUGUUUGGUGUACAUACAGUAACAAUAGGGUGGAAUGGAUAGUGUUUUUGCAUACGAGUGUUUUAAUACAGUAUUGGUGAGUCUAUAGUACCAUAAGGCAGUUCCAGUCUUGCUGGAGGGAAACAGGUUUUCUGUGGCGUGCCUCUCAAGGAUGACCAUCUGUUUCUGCAUGUUUUACCACAGUGAUGCCUUUCUUCUCCCAAAACUCUUUCUAGUGUUUUCUCUGGCAUAUUUCGGGCACCCCAAACUGGAAUGGAGCUAUUUCUAAACUGGCAGUAAAUGCCCCCGAGGCAGAGUUGUUUAAUUCUGUGCCAGCUUUGAGAACAUAAUACCAGUUUAUUCAUUCUGCCUUAAGUGACAUCAUAUAGAGUGGAGUUUUCAUUAUAGGAGAAUACUUUGGGUUUGGAGCCCUGCUGUUAGUCUGAGGACACAGGCUGUCCCUCUGAAACAGGCCUGCUCACCAGCCAUCUCUCUUAACACAUACACACACAAGUAUGCACACAUACACACACGCGCAUACACAGACACACCCGUGGCCCCAGACAAUGCUCACACACACACUCACAUAGGCUGUCAUAGGCCUACUGUCACCGCUGAGUAUUUCACAUUGCUCUGAAGAUAUUCCUCAAAGGCGGAAUGGCUAGCGCUCUGACAGCUAAUGAGGACAUAAACGUUUUUUUACGGCCGCAGUGUUUAAACUUGACUGGGGAAAUGUUCUCCCUGAGUCCACAUUAAACCACUUAAACCUCCCCAAAUGAACACAGCGCUACAGAGAGCUGGAUAGUUUAUGAGCUCUUCAGUCGCUCACGAAAUGGGAGGGUGAGAAGCAGGGAAAGGACUCUUAAGGCUGAGGAUAACGAUGUGGUCAAAUGGCUCCUCUGUCUUCUUGAUUCACUAAACAGCCCAGUCUGUCAUGUCGAUAAUUACGCUUCUGUUGAGCUGCUGCGAUAUUCUUUCAGAUGUACAUUGUGUGACUCCUGAAAUGUCCUUAGAAAGGGACAUUAUGUACUCACUCAACCCUCUAUGUUAGUUACAACGUAUCUUCUCUGUAUCCUCCUUGUUCUUAGUUCUGUUUAUUUCAUUCCUUCUACAGUUUGAAAAAUUCCCAACAAAAGUUGACCCCUUCUACAGACACAGUGUGAGUUUCUCUAUGUGUUUGUGGGGCAGUUUGUGCAUUCUUCACCCAUCCAGCCAUGCUAGUCCAUGUUGUAGCUGUGUGUGUAUUUGUACAGUAGCUCCCAUGUCAUCCCCCUCUGCUUCUGCUCUGAGAGAAUACAGCGUCCUGUCUGUCCACAGCAGAAGACUGGCCAGAUGCUCUAUCUAUGUCCCCAUCACAAAUGUCUGUCUGCUAACACCACUAUCUGCUUUCUCAUUCAUUCACUACUUUACCAUUCACACAGUGGAACCUGGCUGAAGCAUUGGAACCCCCUUCUUACUCAAGUGAAUAGAACAAAUUAUAAAUUGAGUUCAGUGGCUCUACCAAGCGUGUGCGUGUGUGUGUGGUAUGUGAGUGUGUGUGUGGUAUGUGAGUGUGUGUGUGUGGUAUGUGAGUGUGUGUGUGGUAUGUGAGUGUGUGUGUGUGGUAUGUGAGUGUGUGUGUGUGGUAUGUGAGUGUGUGUGUGGUAUGUGAGUGAGUGUGUGUGGAAUGUGAGUGUGUGUGUGGUAUGUGAGUGUGUGUGUGUUUGUGUGUGCCACUGUAUGCUUUGUCUCUACCACUUGACCUCUGCCUUCAAUUACUGCUCUGCUAUUCAGAGGCAUUCAGCUGUUGCCCACGUUGUGAAUCAGAGUAGCAAUUACAUGUUUGUCAGAGUUUGGUCUUAAUUAAUCUCACUGCUAUCAGCACCGUUAGGCGGGGUAACCCCUAUUUAAAAUGAAUUCAUUAAUGUGUCAACAGAGAGACACUGGUUGUGAUUAUAUAGGAGUAUUCUUUCUGGUGAGAGAGUUCAUUUUUACUGUCAACACUCACAGAGAAAGACUAUAGCUGUAAAUGGGUUUUAGUGGCUACAAGUAAUUCAUAGGUUAUUAGUGUGUAAUUUCCAUGUCAUUGCUUAGUAAAUCCCUGGUGAUUUCAGUAGUAUAAACAAGUGUGACCGUUCUAGUUUUGCUCAACACUUUUAGGCACUAAGGUCAGUGACAGUUGUAGGUACCUGACUGAUGGCGGUCUGGAUGUUGAACCCUAGUGAUGGUGGGGUUGUUGUGACGUCAUCAUGUCUGUCAUGUGGUGUUGUUACCUCCACCCCGGCCCCCCUGUACCCUGUCAUGUCAUCAUGGCCCCUCUCACCUUCAUCUCACUGUUCAUACAGCUGCUGUCCUUCUCCUCUGUCUGAGCAACACAACACUCCACCCAUCCUCACUCCUCUCUCUGUUCCCUCUCUUCUUUGCUCAGCUGUUCCACUCCUACCCCCCGGGCGUGUCCGGCAUUCCUCCGGUGAUCCCUCCGACUGGGCCCUUUGGCUCGCUGCAGGGGGCCUUCCAACCCAAGGUAGGGCCACAGCCCAACACCACACACACACACAGUUGGUGAACCUGACAAACACACCUUCAGUAUAGUGUGCUCUCUGAAGACCAACACACAGCUAAACAUACAGUAUGUUAUCAGAAUAGGGAACUUAAAAACAUGUGCAUGUACACACUAAAGACAGAGACGAUGCUCCCCAUACCUUCCUCUCACAAUGAGCUCUCUCUGUGUUCUGCAGACUUCUAACCCACUGGAUGUGGCCUCAAGACCUGGAGCAGUCCCACACACACUCUUACAGAAGGACCCCAGGGUAAGCACCCUAGCUGGACACACUCACACACUCAAUAAUGAAGCCAUGCAUUAGGAACGCCUGAAUGACAGACAUUAAAGUAACUGAGCCAUCUCCCAGUAUGAAAAUGUAUGCACUCACUAACUGUAAGUCGCUCUGGAUAAGAGCGUCUGCUAAAUGACUACAAUGUAAAUGUAAAUCUCUCUCUCUCUCUUUCCCUCCUCUAGCUAACGGAUCCGUUUCGGCCCAUUCUCAGGGUAAGAAUGUUAAUAGCUGUAAUUGUCUCUCCCCUACCUCCCCUACCUCCCCUACCCCCCUCUCUCCCCUACCUCCCCUCUCCCACCCUACUCCCUACCACCCCUCCCCUACCUCCCCUACCUCCCCUCUUCCCCUACCUCCCCUCUCUCCCUACUCCCCCCUACCUCCCCCCUCCCCUACCUCCUCCCUCCCACCUACCCUCUCCCCCAUACCCCUUUCUCCACCAUACUCCUCUGCUCUCCUACCCUAGACUACCCCACUACUCCCCUAACCGUCCCCUCUCCCUACCAGUCCCUCUUUCCCUACCUACCCUACCUCCCUAACUCCCUCUCUCCCCUUCCCCCUCUCCCUACCCGACCGUUGACCUCCCUCCUCCUAACUCCCCUACUCCUCCCUACCUCCCUACCUCCCCUCUCUCCCCUACCUCCCCUACCUCCCCUCUCGUCCCCACCUCCCCUCUUUCCCUACCUCCCCUCUCCCCACCUCCUCUCCCCCUACUCCCCUACUCCCCUCUCCCCUACCCCCCUCUUCCCCCUACCUCCCCUACCUCCCCCUCUCUCCCCUACCUCCCUUACCUCCCCUACCUCCCCUACCUCCCCUCUCUCCCCUACCUCCCCUCUCUCCCCUACCUCCCUUACCUCCCCUCUCUCCCCUACCUCCCCUCUCUCCCCUACCUCCCCUACCUCCCCUACCUCCCCUACCUCCCCUCUCUCCCCUACCUCCCCUCUUUCCCCUACCUCCCCUCUCUCCCCUACCUCCCUUACCUCCCCUCUCUCCCUACCUCCCCUCUCUCCCCUACCUCCCCUCUUCCCCUACCUCCCCUACCUCCCUACCUCCCCUCUCUCCCCUACCUCCCUUACCUCCCCUACCUCCCCUACCUCCCUAGUCUCCUACCCUCCCCUCUCUCUCCUACCUCCCCUACCUCCCCUACCUCCCCUCUCUCCCCUCACAACCAAAUUAGUGAACAAACUGGACAAAUAAUAACGCCCCUAAUGUCUAUACAGUCCUUGAGAAUCCUGCAUUUGAGGUUAACUGUAUCAGCUGGUUUUGUGUUUUGUGCAGAAACCGGGGAAGUGGUGUGCCAUGCAUGUCCAUAUGGCCUGGCAGAUCUACCACCACCAACAGAAAGUCAAGGUAAGACCUCCCCUGUUGUGCUUCAUGAUAGUGUGGUUCUCUAAACCCCAAUGUUUUAUCAUCUAAGCCCCAAUCUAGUUUAGGUAGUAGUGUAAUCCAGCUCCUCUCCUGUAGUGGAGGGUAAACAUACUUUUUUUUACGCCCCUUUUGCAGAGAAAUGCAAUAACAGUAUAGGGAGUGUUACUCACCGCGGUCGGCGCUCAGCGUUUACCAACCUGUUUUUUAUUGCCUCUACACUGGGUACCUUCAUGCCUUAGCUCUCAAAUAACCAACAAAACCCCUUCUACAGUUUGGAUCCAUGCUGCUGCUGCAGUGUUGGUGGUGGGUUUUUCAUGUGCUGUUUUCCCUGUCUGGUGUCUUCCAGCAGCAGAUGCAGGUUGACCCGCACAAGCUGGACUUCGGGCUCAAGCCGGAGUUCCUGAGUCGACCCCCUGGCCCCAGCCUCUUUGGUGCGAUGCACCACCCCCACGACUUAGCGCGUCCCGCCACGCUCUUCUCAGCAGCAGGUGAGGGUGGGUUGGUUAGUGCCCUGGGUAGAUGAUUGACACCAUAGAAAUAGGAUUACUAGAAGGAAAAAAGCCCUUCAGACCAGGGCAAUUUGACUGGAACACUCAUGGGUCAUUGUAUUUCUAUGAUUGACACACUCUCUCCAGGACCUCCUCUCCCCACAGAGGUAGAUCAAUCCUUCUGGACCCAUAGAGAGGUCUAUUUUUAACAGAGUGUCGAGGCAGCGCACAGGUCUCCACAUGGGUUAUAGAUUACAUGCUAAGAUCAAUGCUCUUGCCUCUAAAAGGGAAAGAAUACUGUUAUCUUUCCUAUAUUGUAUCUCAGUUUAAAAUCCUUAUGGAAGAUGUCUUACAUAAACUCUCUAUCUUUUCCAUGUCAGGUUCUACACACCCGUCAGCCGGACCGUUCAGCCACCCGCCCCACCACCCUGGCAACUUCCUCACCCCUGCAACUCACUUAGGUAAGACACAGCACACACAGUGCACCUAGUCACGUCAAAUGCAUUUCAAUUGAUCAUUGUCUCACUGAGGGUGUAUGGAGCAAUGACAAGUACAGUAUGUCUGUGUCAGAAGCUGGUUGACCCUGUACAGGAGCAAUAUAGAAAAUGUGCUGACUGUGUGUUUGCUUUCUCUCUCUCGCUCUCUCUCUCUCUCUCUCUCUCUCUCUCUCUCUCUCUCUCUCUCUCUCUCUCUCUCUGUCUCUCAGAGCCAUUCAGUAGGCCUCCCUCGUUUGGAGGACUCUCCUCUCUCAGUACAGCAGCCUUCGGUGGGCUUGGAAAUCCAGCACUAAGUGAGUUUCAUUUCCAUGACAACAUCAUAUGUGUAUUUGACAACCAAACAUUUGAGGAUUUCCUGUUAGAUUAUGAAAAUGAAUGUUGCAUAAUGUAUUCAUGGAAUUCUAGUUGACCGACCGCCACACCAGCGAGAUAUGCCUUUUAACUUGCGUUUUGGUCUUUUCUUCUUUCCGUAUGUUGAAUCUCUAACAGCGCCUAACUCUUUGUUUGGCCAUAAAGACAACCCCAAUGCACAGCAGCACUUCAGCAACAACCACGAGCCGUGGAACCGGCUGCACCGCACGCCACCCUCCUUCCCUACCCCUCCGCCCUGGCUCAAACCUGGCGACUCGGAGAGGAGCGCCUCGGUCAGCUCCCACGAGAGAGACAGAGACUCAGACAAGCGAGACACAUCCUCCAUCAACAAAGACGACAAGGAGAGGUGGGUGUUAUGGAGAGGUUUUACCUUUAGCAGUCACACCAGCAGAAUGUCAGAAGUUGUAAAGCUUUGCUCUGGCUGAGACUAUUUUCUUCAAUAGUUUUUUAAUAGAUGUCGAUGUUUUAGGGGACUUGUGCCAACUCUGAAUGUUAAUACCACUGACAAACACUGAAAUAGUGGUACAAAUGUUACAUUUACUUCAUCUUUAAAGCCCAUUGUUUUGUGUCCAUCCAGAGAAGCCAUGGAGAAGCGUCAUCAGAGCCAUCCGUCCCCAGUCCCCAUUAACCCCAUCAGCCUGCUGGGUCACAGCCGUCUCCCAGAGCCCCAAAAGAACCACCUGCCCCCCAGCGAACCCCCCAGGGACAAGGACAAGCCCAAAGACCGAGACAGGGAGAGGGACAGGGAGCACCCCGACUCCUGGAAGGUCAACGGCACAGACGAGCACAAACUCAAAGAGAAUCACCACGUCGACAAGGAUACAACGCCAAUCAUCCACGAUGGGCGGGUGACUGAGGACAAGGCCAACGGCAGAGGAACAACCUCACCCUACAUCCGCCAGACCAGCCUGGACCGGCCCAACGGGGGGCUGGGGAGGGGGGAGAGAGAGGCCCUGAUGGAGAAGAAGGGAGAGCUGCCCUCUCUCUACGAGCACCACAAGAAGAACAACAACGAGGUGAAGGUAAAGGAGGAGAGGAAAGAGCAGGACAGCCCUACGGACAGGGACAGACCCCCCUCUCACCCUCACCUCCACCCACACCCGCCCCAGGUGCCCCCCACGCCCAGCCUCCACACCCUCCCCCACCCCCCUUCCUCCAUGGCGAUGCCCAUGGGCAUGGCGGGCGUCCACCCCAUGAACAGCAUCAGCGGCCUGGAGAGGACUCGAAUGGUGGCCCCCUUCAUGGGCAUCAGCCCCAUUCCGGGGGCAGAGAGGUUCCCCUACCCAGCAUUCCACUGGGACCCCAUGAGGGACCCGUACAGGGCCCUAGACAUCCACAGACGGGACCCUCUGGCCAGGGACCUGCUGCUGAGGAACGACCCCCUGCACCGGCUGGCCGGGCAGCGCCUCUACGAGGCAGAACGCUCCUACAGGGACCGAGAGGCUCAUGACUUUAACCGUGACCACCACCACCCUCUAGCCCUGGAGCAGCGCCGGGAGCAGGAGGCCCGGGCACACUUGGAGGAGCGCGAGCGGUUGCACAUGCUCAGAGAAGACUACGAGCACGGCCGCCUGCACGCCGCCAUGCACCACCCAGCCCUGGACGGCCACCUGCCACACCACCACGCCGGCCUCAUGGUCCCCGGAUUACCCAGCAUGCACUACCCCAGGGUCAGCCCCUCGGCCGCCGCUGCAGCGCACGCCGCCCAUGCUGCUGCAGCCGCCGCCCACCAGAACGGUAUCCUGAACAAAACCCCGCCCACAGCCUCCCUGAGUGCCCCGCCCCCCCUCAUCCCCACGCUGGGUGGCAGGCCGGGCUCCCCCAGACGGACUACGCCCCUCACCACAGACAUCAGAGACAGACCAUCAGCACACAACCACAAAGACAUAGAGGCUCGGUGA